GGUAAUGACAUGCUCAUUCAACCCAAAAUCUGCAGCUCUCACUUAACCACUAAAACAACUUUUCUAUUUCAACCUUUGAGGUGCAUUUCUUUAUUUGUUGAUUCUGAGUAUGGGGAUCAAAUUGAUGGGCAUAGCACAUGCCAAGGAGAAGCUCCAGCGAACUCUUUCAGCAAGAUAUGGAUCAGCUGCAGACACUAAUGCUGAGGUUCCGAAAGGCCAUUUUGCUGUUUAUGUUGGAGAAGGCAAGAAGAAGAGAUUUGUGAUUCCAAUAUCAUAUUUGAACCAUCCUUUGUUCCAAGACUUGUUAACCAAGGCUGAAGAAGAAUUUGGAUAUGAUCAUCCUACAGGGGGUCUCACAAUUCCAUGCAGUGAAGACUACUUCCUUAGUGUAACUUCAGUUCUAAAUUGUUCAUAUAGAUGAUAAUGUUUCUGUAUAUGGCCUCCAAUUAUAGGUCAAUUAUUUAACCAAUUCAUUCCUCCUUUCAAUUAAUUUUCCUUUCAUCCUACAACUGAAAG